AUGAUUGAAAGGCCUUCAUUAUUUUAUGCUUUUGCUACUGCAAAUGAAGUUUAUGUACGCUUAGCUGAAAUUUUCAUAAUGGGGCCUGAAAUUUUCAACGACGAUUGUGUCACUCAAUGUAUGAAUCGAAUUUUGCAUGAAUAUCUGUUACCGAGAGCUUGUAAAGGACAACUUUGUUUGACACUUAAAAGCGCCGUUGCUGGCUUAGAUGCUUUUGAACCUUUUUAUGGAGAUCUGCUUCAACAUUUUGAAGAAUUUUCAUUGAGCAACGAUAAUUUUGCAUUAUUCGUCCUUCUUGGCGCAUAUGCUAAUGAAAAAUUGUUCGAUGGUUUAUUGCUGAAAUGCGCUAUCUGGGAUCCGUGCAGAAAUAUCGUGCGACAAAUGACCACAAAGAAAUGUCAUGGGUUUCUGGAACGAACAGAUAUACGGGAUACGCUCAAAGAGAAACAUUUUUCACAGUAUUCACAGCUGCUCGCUAUGUAUGCUGCUGCAAUUAAAAAUAACCGUAUUUUGCGGGAUCGUAAUCCGUUAGCGUUCGAAAUCGCAUCACGCGAACUGGGACACUUCAUACGAGAUCAUGAAGCUGGAAGAAAUCAUGAAAAUACCGUUAGUUGUCUUUUUUCCAUGUUAAAAUCAUAAUU